UCCAUCUUCCUUCCCCGCCCUUCUUGUCUUCCUCAGCAUACACCCCCCCCUUCUCUCUCUCCCUCUCUCUCUCAAACACAUGAGAGCAGACGAUCGUCCCUUAAUCUCAGGCGUCGAUCCUCCCACAACAGCAACGUCGAUAAUUUCAGCCGUUGAUUCAACCGUCGCCGGACAUGGAGAGCGCACAGAAUUUCUCUCCGCCGCACGUGGACGCAUCUCGGCCGUCGCUGGGGUUCCCGCUCGGCACAGCUCUCCUCCUCCUCAUCAUCUUCAGCCUCUCCGGGAUCUUCUCUUGCUGUUAUCACUGGGAUAAGCACCGAUCUCUCCGCCGCUCCUUGUCCGCCGCCGCCGCCGACAUCGAGUCCUCGCCGUCGAAGCCUAGACCUCUCUUCUCGGAUCCGAAGAAGAACCAGCUGAGCCUACCGGUGUUGAUGCCAGGAGAUGAUACACCGAAGUUCAUAGCGUUGCCGUGUCCAUGCGAGCCGCCGCGGCCGGAGAAUCUCACCGUCAAUGUUCAGAAUCCGCCGCCACCGCCGCCUCCGGUUAAGCCGCCGCGUUUCCUGGUUCCCUUGUAUUAAAUCUUAAGCAGCGAAAAAAAAAUGAAAUUUCCCAUUUUGCCCCGCUUUACAUACGGUUACGGUCCAAAUAUUUUAAUAUGAAAUAUUUUUUGUACU